GCUGUCUGUCUGUGUUAAACUGAGCCCUGCAUUCCUGGGGACAGAGGUGCUGUGACCUUGCUUUUCCUGCUGCUCAGCCGCCCUCCUUCACCUUGGUGUCUCCUCUGUGUCUCUGCUUUCCAGGAAACCACGUUAAAUGAAAUCUUUUUAGCAGCAUGCCAGCAGCGUGGUGGUGUUAAUAACCAGAGCUGUGUGGAGCCUUUGUUAGAGAAAAGGCUAAAGCAUCCUAAGAUGAUGUUAACAAGUGCUCUGAGUAAACGCUGUGCUGAUGAGCUGAUGUCACUGACAUCCUGGCAGUGCUUUGGGGACGGGAAGGGCCUGGCUUGGUGUCUCCCAGGUCAGGUUUGUGUUUAGAAUGGCUGAGAGGUUCCUUUGGAGCGUGGGAGCAGUGGAGGGCUGUCCCCCUGAGCUCUGUGAUUUGUCUCUCUGGGGUGCUGAGGGUUCUGAGCAGCCUUUUGCUGCCUCUGCUUGUCCCAGGAGCUGGGCUCCCUGCAUUUCAGAGGCCCUGGGCUUAUCCGAGCCCUUUAAGCUUGUGCAGGAUGAGGAGUGGUGCUCCAUGAUCCUCCUGGCUCCUCUGCAGCUCAGGAGGCUGGGAUUCCCCAGGGGAGGAGCAGGCAGAACAAGGCAGAGGAAACUUUCUCAUCCCUGUAGGUACUGGAAGCUGGACCCCAGCAAGGUCUGUGCCACUGGUCCCAACGCCUGGGACACGGCCGUGCACGACGCGUCCGAGGAGUACAAGCACCGCAUGCACAACCUCUGCUGUGACAACUGCCAUUCCCACGUGGCCCUGGCCUUAAACUUGAUGAGAUACGAUAACAGCACCUCUUGGAACAUGGUGAAACUCUGCUUCUUCACACUCCUCUACGGCAAAUACGUCAGCAUAGGGGGGUUUGUGAAGACCUGGCUGCCCUUUGUGCUGCUGCUGGGGGUGAUUGUGACCGUGGUUCUCACGCUGCACCUGCGGUGACGGCAGCGCCGGGCACCCAGAGGAACAGACUGUGGCUGAUCCAGCAGGAUGGAGCCCUGGCACUCCAGGAGCCUUUUCCAGGGAAGGUGGCAGCCCCACCCCAUCGUGACAGCUCAUCUUCGUCCCCUGGAGCUGGCUUCUCCUCCUCCUGUUGCUGUUCUGUCGAUGGUGUCUCCCAGUGCCGGGGUCUGGAAGCUUCUGCGCUCUCCCUUUCUGCAGCUGGGGAGGUGGGAAUGGCUCAGGACAGGAGAGGGGUGGGCACUUCCCUUUCAGUGCUGAGAAAAGCCUGGAGGCACACACAGAUACACCUUGGCAGGGUCUCUCUGAUCCCCUGCGUUCCUCCCCUCCCCAGAUGCUUCCUCAAGUUCCCUGGCUCUGCAGCUGGGGGUUGCUGUUUUCCCCGUGGCACAUCUCUGCAGCAGCACACGUUCCAGGGGGACUGUGGGGUUCCUGCUGGGAGGAUGGGGUGCCCCAGUGCUCGGGGAUGGCCCCAGCAGCGGAGGGAGGGUGAGGAGGGGGACACUCCUGAGGGACACUGCCAGGGCCACCCGCCCCGCUGGGCCUGGAAAGGCAGGAAGGCUGCAGGGCUGCCUUGGGAAUGCUGGGGCAGGGUGCAGCCCUCCAGGAGCCUGCUGCAGCGUUGGGAGGCAGCCCUUUGUCCCUUUCAGCUUGUGCCAGAGAAAAUCUCCCUGCUCCUCCUGUGCUCUCAGUUGCUAAACCUGGCUCUGCAAUCCUCACAAGCCACUUGUUCCCCUUUGAUCCCCGAGUCUCGCAGGCAGGGCUGGGGCAGAGGCUGAGCCUGGGGCUGCAGAGAGGAGGGGAAGGCACUGGGAUCUGCCCAUCUGGCUGGGUGUGCAGCAGCACAGACCCCUGGCUUUGUCCUGGCUGGUGCCAGGUGGGGAUUGAGGAGUGGUCUGGGGACAGCAGAGCUGUCUGGACAGCACAGCUGGGCACAGGUGUGGGGAGCAGGAUGGGAGGGGGGCUGUCCCUGAGCACCAGGCAGGAAGGGAGUUUGGAUGUGACCUGGAACCCCUUCACAGCUCUGCAGAGCUGGUUCUGGAGGGCUCUGAGCCAGGGGGAAUUCUAAAACCAAGCCUGGCUGGAGGGCCCUGUGCAGCUGAGCAGGUCCCUGCUGCCUGCAGAGGGGGAGAAGAGCUUCUCCACUCACACCUGAAAAACCAGCCCAUACUCCAGCAGCUGAUGGAUUCCAAGGAAUCCAUUCCAAGGAGUGCUUGUGGCCAGCAGGAGAGCUUUUCUGGGGUCCCUGCCAUGUCUGCAGCUUCCUCUGACUGGGAGCCCACCCACUGGCACUGCUGGUUUUCAGACCCCUCCCCAUGUGCUUCUGCCACAUCCCUGACUCCUCCAGCCAUCUGGAGACUUGGACCCUCCUCUUGAGCUCAUUUCUGUGUUUUCCCCUUUUCCUCAGUCACUUUUAAAUCAGCCCUCGUGCUCCUGCUCGUUGUUGUCCCUCUGUCCCCCCAUGGUGGCCUUCCCCAUCAGCCUGGAGCUGGAACACUGCGGUGGCUGCUCCUUUCCGGGGGAUGGAGGCUGCUGGGGCUGCCUGGAAGCCGAAAUCCUGAUCAGAGAGGCCCUGGAUGAAAGGACAGAGUGUUCUGAGCUCUGUUCUGUGCCCAGGAGCCGCUGCCCAGGGUGAGCCAGGGUGGGAGAGGGGGAUGCCUCCCUUGGAGUGCCCGGCCCCGGGGCUGGAUCCUCCCUCAGCAAUAACCUCGGCCCGUCCCGUCUGUGUUUUGUCCACGAGCUCUACAAGAAUUGCCAAAGCCGAGACUUGGGGGUGUCAGGGGGCCCCUGGACUUCCAAAACCCCGCUGUGAAAUUCCCUCUCGUUUGCUCCCGAUGCUUUUUACCAGAGCGGAGUUUGGAAUGACGAGGCCGAGCCCCCAUCCCUCAUCCUUUGUUCCCUUCAUCUCCGCGGGGCGCUGGAUUUCUUUGUAAAUAUUUAAACUCUGCUUCUGUGGUUUCAUAAUCCCGACGGCAGGGAAAUAAACUGAUUUCUGUGGAUA